AGAGCACUUUAACAGCGCACUCGCAGUGCUUUUAAUUUAUUCGCGCUUGCCCUGGCAAAAUGUUUCUUGACAUAACCAAUCAUUAAUUCGCAUAAAUAACAGUCAGCCACUUUAUAUUAACGAUAUUUUGUAUUGUUAUUUAAAAAAUACGGGUAUAUCCUGACGCUGCAACACAGCAUCACCGCAAUGUAUUCAUUACAGAGUGGGCUCCACAAAUGGCGCCUGUAAUUGAGUACCGAAGUGCAUCACGGGAUUGACUGUCCUAGCCUUCUUUAUAUAGUCCUCGUGGCCGGUUGGUACGCGGCGUGACGUGACGUGACGUACACUAAAUCGUCAGAAUUUCCAUAACUAGAGAGGAGGAAACAGUGCGACAGAGAGAAACGGACGCAAACCAGGACAAUAUACCGGCUCUGUGUGUGCCUUCAAAUUACUGGGAGAGAUCUGUCGGACUGGAAAUAAGUUACAGAAUGGCGCCCCCUGUAGACGAGUGUGAAAAAGACACCCUGAGGCAGUGCCUGCAGGCGCGCUCCCAGCUGGAGACGGCCAUCGCUGCGGUGACCAGGGCGGAGCUACAGCUGCGCGACAAUGCCAGAGAGGUGAAGUCCGAGCUCCACAGCUGUAUCAGCCGGCACCUGGAGUUCCUGCGCUCUCGUGAGGUCUGGCUGCUCGAGCAGAUUGAGAUCAUCCAGCACCUCAAAGAGGAGUCCCUGCAGCAACAGCUACAGCAGCUCCACUGGCUCCUGGGUCAGUUCAACGUCGUGGUUCAGCAGCUGGAGAGUUGCAACAGCAACAGCCUGGCCAACCAGAUCACCAGCUGCCUGGAGAAAUUGUCCAGUCUGAGUCUGAACCCUGAGGAGACCCCUGAGAUGAGUUUCCAGGCUGACGCCCGCUCCCUUCGCCAGGCCAUCACCUCCUUCGGGACCAUCGCCACUGAGGAGAUGGAGUGCCUGCCAGCGGCUCACAGUCCUCCAGAGAGUUCCGGGCCUUUCCUCAAUGCCUGGCUUCUGCAGCGCUGCCCUUUGGCCCCGCAGCAGCACAGCGAGAGAGCCGAGUCGCUUGCAGAUUGGCUGCUGGGGAGCCGCCCUGUGACAGUGUGCCCUGCUGGUUACCAGUCAAGCACCGACCCCCAGGACUGGCUGCUGAGAGCGGGGGAGAGGGGACAGGUUCCCCCACCUUUGGCCCACUUCGAUUUCGAGGCGGCCUGGGGCCAGCUCCGUGACCUGGAGGCCUGGCUACUGCAGGACACAGCGCCCCCUAGGAACCGCACCCUGAGUGACAUCAGCACCACCAGCAGCUCUGCACUGUCCAUAGAGAAGAUAGAGUCGGAGCUGAACGACAGCGAAAAGGGAGAGAGAGAGGGGAGCAGAAGCAGCAACAGUGUAGACCUUAAUGACUGGCUCAUCACCCCCAGUGCAGUAAACAUGAACUACACACACAGCAGCAACACCCCCACUGGAGAAACGGAGAAUAACAGCAAGAAGAACCAACAAGUUCUCAUCAGCAACCUCUUCAGACCCUUCCAUGAGACCUUCUCCUCCAGUGAUUGGCUGCACAAGACUGAAGGGAGGUGUGGCACCUGCUGUGUCCCCAAGACGGUAGCAAUCGAGAUCGAGAACCUGGGAAACCUCAAGUGUCUGAAGCAGAGUCCCUCCUCUCCCAUUCUGGGCUCUGCUGGCCAGGCCUGGCUCCUGCAGCAGCACCAGCAAGCUCCUCCUCCAAUCAGAGUGGAACAGGUGUGCAAGGCCAACGAGCCAUGCAAGAGCUUCUCGGAGUGUGUGUGCGAGGAGAACUGCGGCAGAGAGGCUCUGCGGUCCUGGCUGCUCAAGCAGGAAGGGCGAGACAAGAAUGGGGUGCCUGCUGCCGCUGACAAGAACGGGGGUAACCCGGACCGCGUGGAGGUCCUGCUGGACAGCUGGCUGUACCCCAGCAGAAAGGAGGCCCCCUCCCCGUCCUCCCCUCUCUCUACCUGGGUCUGCCCCUCCGCACAGGGCCAGGAGAAGGCCAGUCGAGAGGAGCAGAGCUCGGAGUCGAAGAACCCCUUCCACAGCCCUCUGAGCUCCCAGUGCUGGGUGCAGCCCCACUCCCAGCCGCAGUCUACCCCCCCUGCAGAGCAGAGCCCCUUCCACACCCCCCUGUGCUCAGAGAGCUGGGUCCUACCCCAGUCACGCUCCCUCUCCCAGCCCCAGUCUACCCCCCCUGCAGAGCAGAGCCCCUUCCACACACCCCUGCGCUCAGAGAGCUGGGUCCUACCCCAGUCACACUCCCUGUCCGAGCCCCAGCCUGAUAAGCACAGCCAUUCCGACACAGCGGCUCCGGAAGAGGACAAGUGGCUGCUCCGCAAGAGAGCUCAUGAGCGAUAUGGACUGCCUUCGGUCUGCGACCUGUUUGCCUGCAUGAAACUCAAAGUAGAUAAAGAGCAGUGGCUGUACAGGACACCUAUACAGAUGUGAGGUGUCCCAGAAAACCAUCCUGCCAAGAUUUGGGGAGAUUUAUGCAGUGCCACCUCCUAAUGAAGAGCCACUCAAUCGCUGCUCGACGCACACAUUUACCCGUGGCCGCCUCUCGUCUUCAUCCUCCUCCUCUGUAUCUGUCUGGCUGUCUGUCUGUCUCUGGGCUGCAGUAUCUCCUUUCCUACUUGGUGUAAUGAUCUGCAGCUGUAAGCAGGAGGAACAGGACUGACCCUGCUGCAUUGUGUUCCCAAACCAAGGGUCCAAUUCCAGAUAACAAAGGGGGGUGGGGGACGUAACCAGAAGGGGAGCACAAUGGUAGUUGACUCCAGUCCUGCAGUAUCACCUGCAGUCCAGGGUUUUGUUUCAACCGUAAACUGAAUGUUGUGAGUGUGUCCCGUCUUGUCGCUGAGGACCCGAGGACAAAUUGCACAUGUAAUACCUUCACUGUGGAGGGGGUGAUUUGCCCAUAGUGGGAUAUAGGCCUCUGUCUUAAUUAUCUAUGACAAAUCUCUAGUAUCUAGUAUGUGGACUGUCCAGGUUUUGUGUGCUGAGAUGAUGAUGAUGAUGGUUAUUAUUAAUAAUAAUAAUAAUAAUAAUAAUAAUAAUAAUAAUAAUAAUAAUAAUAAUAAUAAUAAUAACAGCCACAUUGGGCUCUAAUACAAAAAACAAAAUGAUAGUUUCAGGGCCCAUAGUACUGAAACAACCCUUCUUGAGAAUUUUUUUUCUUUUAAAUUUCUUUUUUUUUUUUUCCUUUUUUAAAAUGUGUGUCUUGUGUGGUUUCAGGUUGAUGCUGUGUUUUUAUUUUUCCUUUUAAUUUGGCUUUUAAUUCUGGUUGAAUUUCCAGCCGAUGUCGUCAGACUGCCGCUGUGGUUGUUAGUUCAGUAGGGCUGUGAAACUCUGACAUGCAUUCACUGUUCCCUUUGCAAUCACAGAGUGGACCAGCCUAACUGCACUGAUAUCCCAUGUGGCACGAAUACUGUGUAAUUGACCAUGGAAAACAGGUCAGAUACCCUGCAGGUAAAGCCAACUUCAAGCAUAUUGGUGCUUUAAUGAAAAGAGGAACAACACGUCUUUGAGUAAGACGACCAUUUUGAAUGGGUGUUUUGGAUGCUGUGUUGUGCACAUUGGGCAUAGCAAACCUCCAGAGAGCAUGUAGGGGAUUAGUGCUCUCUCUAGUAACCUGAUUGACAGGCUCCCUCAUCAAGGGUUAUUAUAACUUACCGAUACAAUGCAAUGUCCAAAUUGUGACUGGAGUGUUUUCCCGGUUUAAUUCACUGAAGCGUUUUGUUUCAGUAUUCUCUGUUGCCACAGUAUAUGGUGCUGAUAUCGGUCUACCCAGCAGAGUGCUAGUUUCUGUGUAAUCUUUGUCCUGUUGUGUUUAAACACCAGUCAAGUCACUCUCCCUGCUGGGACCCACACACUUGGUAGUGAGAACAAGAUCUGCAGUACCCAGUGCAAAGUCACUACAGCUCAACACUUUGCUGCAGAGUCCGUUUGUUUAGAUGAAUGGAUAUUCCUGUUGCCCCUCUAAACUCUUCCUAGUCUUUUUGAAACAGUCAUAUCUAUUUUUUGAGUUGUGGGGAACAGCAUUUUUGCCUUGAUUCUUUUAGUUUUGAGGGGUAAAUCCCUCCUUACUCCAUGUUUCUUUGUUGGUGUAAAGUGUGCAGCAAAGUAUUGAGCUGCCAGACCCUCCUUUCCUCUGAUUGAACGUCCUUUAUCAUCCUAUAUAGAAUAAAACCUUUAUAUAUUAUAUUGCAUAUUCAUGUUUUAACAGCUGUGAUCUAGGUAUAUAUAUAUUAUUAAACUCAAUAAAACAUUGAACCAAAAUCAA